GGCCGGCCCUAUUGUUAUAGAAUAUAGAUGUUCAUAUUCUGAUUUCGCAGUUUGCAGCCCUAAUCAAUAACCUUGGAAGAAAUCCAGCUGGCUUGUAAAUAAAAAAAUUAAAACCCUAACUUCCAAACGAAACCUAUAUAAACCUCAUCGAUCCUAUUGUCCUUGUUAAACACUUAACCUGCAACUGCUGCGUCACCAAUGGGUAAAGCAGGCAAGAACAAGAAGCCAUUGAUGUUCGAAAAGAUCCUACGCCACCGCGUAAAGGAGACCUACGGCACCUCUAUACCGUCCAUCGACAAACUCAUCGACGGUCUCCGGGCUAAAUAUCCGGAAUACGGUCGUUACAGGCACCAACUCUUCACAAGGAUGGUGAAACAAACACUAGAUGUUCAUAACAACAACGACGACAAGAAGCGGAAAUUAAGUGCUAACUAUGAAGAAGACGAUGACGUCAUGUCACAGUCUUCAGCAAGCAAAAAAGCGAAGAAAAUUGAAAUUAAGGGUAGAGGAUCUGAGCUACAAACAGAACCAUCGGAACUGGAAUCGAGUAGUACACAUACGGUUUUGUCUUUCGAGAAUGAGAGCCAGCAAUUCGAGCCGGGGUUUGAUUUUACUAAAUCAAUGCUGCGAAACAAAUACAGCGGGUCAACAAUACGUAAAAAUAUAGAGUUAGAGCCCAUGGUAAAAGCCGGGUCAAGGAAAUCGAAUAAUAACGGGCCAAGGUUUGAGGACCUUGGUGGUAUGGAUGAUGUGUUGGAUCACCUGGAAAUGGAGGUGAUUGUUCCUUUGCUUCAUCCGGAUCUUUAUCCAAGCCUCGGGCUAAGAGCGACUGCUGGUGUUUUGUUACAUGGGCCGCCUGGGUGUGGAAAGACUCUACUAGCUCGUGCCAUUGCUAAUGAGUCUGGGGCUUCGUUUUAUAAGAUUUCGGCUCCUGAGUUGGUCUCCGGCGUAUCAGGUGAAUCUGAAGAGAAUAUAAGAGAGCUAUUUUCAAAAGCAAACAGGACUGCACCGUCUAUAGUUUUCAUUGACGAGAUUGAUGCAAUUGCUUCAAAAAGAGAAAACCUUCAAAGGGAGAUGGAAAAACGAAUCGUGACACAACUAAUGACGUGCAUGGAUGAAUCUCAUAGGACAUCUGAACCAAAUGACGCUUUAGAAACCACAGAAAUGCCAAAUGGCAAACCGGGAUAUGUUUUGGUGAUUGGUGCUACCAAUAGACCUGAUGCGCUCGACCCGGCGUUAAGAAGACCAGGACGUUUUGAUUUGGAAAUCAGUUUAGGUGCUCCAAAUGAAGAUACAAGAUUAAAGAUUCUUUCUGUGCUUACACGAGAUAAAAAACUUGAAGGUGAUUUUGACCUGAUCAAAAUUGCGAGGUCAACUCCUGGUUUUGUUGGAGCUGAUUUAGAUCGUUUGGUGAACACAGCUGGUGGCCUUGCUAUAAGGAGAGUGUUUUAUAAAAGAAAGUUGGAACUUCCUACAGAAAGUAUACAAAAUAAAAACUGGUUGAAGAAGGCAUGGACUCAUGAAGAGCAUGCCAGCUAUAGGAUCACAACGUCUGAUUUUGAGGCAGCUGCCAAGCUGGUUCAACCCUCUUCUAAAAGAGAAGGGUUCACGAGCAUUCCAAAUGUCAAAUGGGAAGACAUUGGAGGUCUUCAUUCGCUUAGAAGGGAGUUUUACACUCACAUUAUCAGCCGUAUAAAAUAUCCUGAUGAGUGUGAGGAUAUCAAAGAUGAUUUGGAGACGGGGUUUUUGCUUUAUGGACCUCCUGGUUGUGGAAAAACAUUGAUUGCCCAAGCUGUUGCUAACGAAGCAGGAGCAAAUUUUAUACACAUUAAGGCCUGUCAUGGAUUCUAUUCCUUUAUUUCUAUCUACCUGAUUUUUUAUUUCCUUAAAUUGACACUAUGUAUCUUAUCAAUCAUGAAGGGCCCUGAGCUUCUGAACAAAUACGUCGGCGAGAGUGAAUUGGCAUUGCGGACUCAUUUCAGUCGCGCAAGGACAUGUUCUCCAUGCAUAUUAUUCUUUGAUGAGGUAGAUGCUAUUACAACUAAGCGUGAAACUGACGGGAAUUGGGUUGCCACUCGAGUUGUACACCAGUUCUUGACAGAGCUAGAUGGUGGUGAUCAACGUAAGGGAGUUUACGUAAUUGGUGCUACCAACAAACCAGAUGCGGUAGACUCAGCACUCUUACGGCCCGGAAGGUUUGGGGAAAACAUGUAUGUCCCUCUGCCAAACCAAGACGAGCGUGUGUUGAUCUUAAAAGCUCUUUCUAAGAAUAGGCGAUUAGAUGCUGAUGUGGACUUGAUUGCUAUUGCUCAGAGAUGUGCAAAUUUCAGUGGAGCAGAUCUUUCAAAACUGAUGAAGAAAGCUUCAUUGGCUGCUCAUGAAGAAAGAAUUAGUAAAAUUAUAGCUGCUGGUCAUGAAGGGACAUCUCUAGGUGACACCCGACAUAUUAUUAAAGCAGUUCAUUUUGAGCGAGUAUUUCGAAAAGUCUCACCUUCUGUCUCAGAAGCGGUAUAUAAUAAACUAGCUCUAUCUAUCUUUACAAAUCGUCUUAGAUCAAGUGAUCAACAACAUCUGGAAAUGGGGUCGUGUUUGUGGGUUGUCGGGUCUAACCCGACACAUAUCUUAAAAUUUGGCACAAACCAGAAAAUUGUGUUUGUGAGAACCGAACCUAAAUAUGAUCAAUAA